CCAUGGUGCCAUCAUUCUGCUUAACACAAGUCUCUGCCAGGCUCUGUCCCUUAGACCUGAUGGGAGCUGCAGUGGAGCAGGUCAGCAGCAGCCAGAAUCCUACUGGAAGGUGCAUAAAAUUGGCUCUGGACUCUGCAUGUUUGAAAGUGUGAGAAACCCAAGGAUGUAUCUGAAGAUCAAAGAUGACCAGUGUAAUGGAACAGGCACAGGUGAUGAAUACUGUCACUUUAGAAUUGAGAAGAAUUUGGAAACUGGAUCUGUAAGUCUAGAAUCAGUGCAACAUAAAGGGAUAUAUGUUGGUCUCCUGCCAGAUGGCCAGACUAAGCCAGUCAUUAACACUGGAGAGAGGAACAUUUUUUUCUACCCACAGGUCAUCAAAUUUGGCCGGGAAAAGCCUAUGGGAACAUCUGCAGCACCCAAUCAAGAGAAAAAAGACUUCAGUGAAUCUCAGCUCCAACUAGCAAAAGCCCAGAAGCCAGUAUCUCAAAGCUCUUUAACUUUUCCACCCUCAAAGGAAAUGCGAAAUCCCCAAGGUGGUGAGUGUCCCCUUCCUUCGGAUGAUGAAUGGAGAGUGUCAAUGCUGACAGGAAAAGCAGGAACAAAAGCAAAUAUCUCUCUCUGGAUAUAUGGAGACAGAGGAGUAGCUGGACCAAUAACUCUUGGCAAGGACAACAGAAAGCAGCUGUUUCUUCCCAGGCAGGAGGAUGAAUUUCAGGUCAAAAUAAAAAACAUUGGGAAUAUCUACAAGAUAAGAAUUGAACUUGAUGGAUUACAGAAUGAACACUCAGAGUGGAAUUUACAACAGGUGACACUGCAACAUCUAAAGAGCAAGAGAACACUGAAUUUUCCAACAAACACCUGGUUGUCAAAGAAUCGUGAUGGUAGAGAAUCUCUUUGUGAACUUCCUGUAGUUGAAGCUGGAAAGCCUGUCUAUCCAAUUGUCAUAUACCAUGUUUAUGUCUACACUGGGGACUUUGAGCAAACUGAUACAGACUAUGCAGUUUAUCUCUGCAUCUAUGGAAAAAGAGGAGAUUCUGGUCUAAGACUUCUACAUAAAACUGGUAUACCCGUGACUUUUCAGAGAGGAAUGGUCAAUGCUUUUGAAGUGGAAGCUGUAUCUCUUGGAAAACUGCAGAAGGUGCUGUUGCGCUGUGAGGCUAAUGCCAAGUCCCAGUAUUGGUACUGUGAUAAAGUCAUUGUUAGAGAAGCUGAGAACAACUUGGAAUAUGUUUUCAAUUGUGCAAGGUGGCUUCCAUUUAUGUCCCAAGGUGUGAUUCAUUCAGAAAUUGAGCUGUACCCUCAAGAAUUUCAAAUAAAUCAGCAGCUGAAAAUGCAAGAAGAAGCAAAUGAAGAAGACUGGAAGAUUACUGUAGUCACUGGGGAUUUUGAAGCAGCUGGCACAACAGCCACAGUAUCCCUUUACGCUUAUGGAGAAAACAAAGCUUCUGGUCCUAUUAUAUUGGGAUCUGGGAAACACCAGCUGUUUAAACCCAGCAGCGAAGAUAUAUUUAAGAUUAAUCUCAGAGGUCUUGGGCAACUAUAUAAAAUCCGCAUUGGCCACGACAACACUGGAAAUGAUCCUGGUUGGUACCUGGAAGAAGUCAGACUUAAAAGAGUAGCCCCUCUUUCUGAUGAAGAAAUAUGUCUCCCCAUAGAGUGCUGGCUUGCAGAAGACAAGGGUGAAGGUGAUACCUGGAGAGAAGUGACAAUAAGAAACUCUGCAAAAGAGCUUUUGCCAGUGUUGGUAUACGAGGUCCAUGUAUACACGGGUGCUAAAUCUGGUGCUGAAAUGAAUUCUAAUGUUUAUAUCAACCUCAUCGGGACAAGAGGAGAUACUGGCAAAAGGAAGCUCCACAGAUCUAAGAAUAAUAAUGUAAAAUUUCAACAAGGACAGAUGGAUAUUUUCUGCAUAAAGGCUAUCUCACUGGGAGACUUGGAGAAAGUUCUGAUUAACCGUGAUGGAGCCGGUCCAGGCAAUGGAUGGUUCCUGGACAAGAUUGUCAUCAAAUAUAAAGAAGGAAAGGAAGAUCAGGAGGUUGUAUUUCCUUGUAAUAGGUGGUUAGAUGAAUAUCAAGAUGAUGGGAAAACUGAGAGGGAGCUAACUGCCAGUAAGGAUGACAGUUCAAUGAAGACGUUCCUUAAAGCAGAACUGUGGAGAGUGCAGGUUAAAACAGAUGGAGAUUCCCCAAAGCCACAAGAGUGUAAAAGGACCCUUGUGAUUUAUGGCUCAAAGGGAAAAAGUGAUGAGCUUUUGCUUUCUCCACAAACCCCAGGAUAUGUGUGCUUUCUACCCAGAGCAACAGAUGAAUUCAUUGUUGAGACUGGAGAUCUGGGAGAUGUAUACAAGAUUCGGGUCAGCUGUGACGAUGUGCCAUACUUUGAGGGCUGGCAUUUGAAGACUUUUCGCUUAGAAGGGCUACAUACAAAAAAAGAACUGAACUUUGACUGUAACUGUUGGCUCUCUCUUAACAGAGAUGAGCUAGUGAAAGAAUUCCCUGCAGUUAGAAAGGACCAGAAAACUUUACCAGUCUAUAAGUAUGUUGUCUCUGUACAUAUUGGUGACCGCUGGGGAGCAGAAACUUUUGCAAAUGUUUAUAUCAAUCUCUAUGGCAAAAGAGGGGACACGGGUGUGAGGAAACUUCAUACGUCUUUAUCAAAAGGAAGAAAAUUCCAAAGGAAUAAGGUGGAUUCAUUUUUAGUGGAAGCUGUUUCUCUGAGUCAGUUGCAAAAAGUGGUCAUAGGACAUGAUGGAGAAGGGUAUGGGGCUGGCAUGUACCUCAAGAUGGUAACAGUCAAGGAAUCACAAGACUCAGACAAAGAAUGGGUCUUCCCAUUGUGGAACUGGCUUGAUACUCAUCUGGGAUUAUGUGAGACUGUCUGUGAGAUUGUGACAACUGGUAUAAGAUUGACUUCCAGUCCUAAACUGCCUGAAAUAAACCUGACGACCCCAGGUCUCUGGAUAAUGGACAUCACUGGAUCUGACUUGAGCAAUGAAGAUGAUCCAGUAUCCCUUUCUUUUAUCUUCUAUGGCAACCUGAGUCACAAAAAGUUGCCGCUUCAAGUUACAGGAAAAGCAAUUCAAAUCAAAGAUGAACUGGCAGAUAUUGGCUCAGUAUACAAAGUUCAGGUAACUGGCCCUCAUAGCGUGCUAAACCAGCCAUGGCACUUGGAUUUACUGCAUAUGAAGCACACAGGCACAAAGGAAGAAAUGUAUUUAGCUUUUGACUGCUGGUUCAACCCUAAUGAAGACAAAUGUGUGGAGCUGCCAGCUCUCUAUGCAGAUGAGGAGCCUUUGCCUGUUGUAGAAUAUGCAGUCCAUUUGCACACAGGAGACUUGAAGAAAGCGGAUGCAACUGGUGAGGCAUAUCUAUGUAUGCAAGGAGAAAAAAGCAACUCGGGGAAACGAUGGCUUAACUCGAGAAACAGCGUGAUCACUUUUGCUAGAGGGCAGGUGGAUAUUUUCAAAAUCAAAGCAGUAAAUCUCGGCAAGCUGAACCAAGUUCUUGUUGGAUUUAAGAGUCUGAAAAAAGAUGAGUGGUUCCUGGAGAAAAUUGUUAUAAAAGAAGUUUUCUACCCUUUUUCUGCACAUAUUUUUGUUCACAAUGACUGGAUAAAUAAACGCUCCAAGAAAGAUUUUGUAGAAGUGGCAAUUCCACUCAAAGAAACAUCUGUCACACCUCUGCUCAUGAAAAAUUUUGAUACCAAAAGCAGGGGACGAUGGCAAACUUGGGUGCACUGCACACAACUACCAGAAAAUGUUCCUGAUAUUCAAGCUGUUGUAUUUGGAAGAAAAGGGAAAUCCGCUGCACAGAAAGUUCAGAAUCUGAAUGAUAGUCCAUUUUUGUUGACUGUUGGCGAUAUUGGAGAUAUAAUAAAAGUUUCCUUUGUGUUAUCUGGUCCGUGCUUGGAAAGAGGAAUUAAACUUCAUAAGCUUCUGCUGAAAGACCUGGAUACUAAACAAGAGCUGGGCUUUCACAGCAAAGCCCAGUAUCUGUUUGGAGAAGGUGGAUCUGAGACUGUGGCAGAACUAGCGGCAGUCAGACCAGACAAGCCACCACUCAGGGAAGUUCUUUACUCAAUCAGUGUUCAUACGGGAACAUUGCCUGCAUCAGGGACUGAUGCAGAUGUAUUUAUCACAGUAUUUGGAGAACAGGGAGACUCCUGCAAAAGGAGACUAAGACAGUCGAAUUUUGAAAGUGGACAGGUUUGUAUCUUUGAAAUGAGAGCAGUAGACCUUGGACAGUUAAGCAAAGUGCUUGUUGAGCACCAUGAUGUGGGUUAUGGAGCUGGAUGGUACCUGGACCAAAUUGUCAUCCAUGAAUCAGGCAAGACUGGUGGCAAAUAUGCAUUUCUUUGCCAGCAGUGGUUAGACAGUGGAGUUGGUGAUGCACAGACGGAACGAAUGUUGAAACUUCUUGGAAAAGUCGGGAAUGGGAAGUUGACAGGGAAGAUUUAUGGGACCUGGGAUGUCUUUGUCACAACUAGUGAUAUUUUCUGUAGUUCCAUGAAUCCUAAAGUGUCUCUAAGUGUAUGUGGUGGAAAAGGUGUCUGUACUUCAGUCAUAUUCCCCAAAGGAUCCUUUAAAAAUGGGCAGAUUUAUGAAACUUCAAUUGAGCUAAAUAAGAAAUUUAAUACUAUAUUCAAAGUUCGCUUAGGAAUUGAAGAUGCUGAAGAAGGAGAGAGUUGGUACUGCUGUGAGGUAAAGCUUCAACACAGAGAAAGUAAAAAUGUUCUCGAAUUUCCAUUUUGUCGCAACUUUUCAGAUGAAGAAGGAGGAAGAGUGGCUGAGCUUCCAGUUCUCACAGUUGGCUCUCCUUUUCCAGCAGUGAAAACCUAUGUUCUCUAUAUCACUACGGGAGCAUCCCAUGGGUCAGGCACUGAUGCUGAUGUGUAUAUCAUGCUGCAAGGCCUUUUGGGAGAUACUGGCAGAAGAAAGUUCAUCAGGAAAGGAGAUGAUAAUUUUACUAAAGGAAAGGUGGAUGUUUUUCAAAUGGAAGCAGUAGAUGUUGGAACUCUGAAAGAAGUAGUGGUUGAAAAAGGGAAAGGCACUGACUGGCUUCUGGAGAAGAUUAUUGUGAAAGAGUCAGCAGCUUCAGGGACAGAAACAUUGUUUAUUGCUCAAACGUGGCUAAAAGACAGACGUGAUGGAAAAAGAUUUGCCUCAGUAACUCUGAAUGCCACAGAAAUUCAGGAGAGAAAAAGCAGUUCUGCCUGGCCUUUAGGAAAAGAGCAAAUGAAUUCAGAAGGCAGAUGGAGGAUUUAUUUCACAAAACAUGAAGAAGAAAAAUAUACAGACUUUGAAAAGUUGUCAGAAAUUUUAUCCAAGUUGGUUAUGGUUUUUUAUGGAAGCAACGGCAAGUCGAAUCUAGUUUCCAUGGAAAAGAAAGUGGAGCAUCGGGCUAAGAACCAAAUAACAUAUGAUAUACACUUACCAUCUGAUUUGGGAAUGCUUUAUAAAGUGAGAUUUGGUCUCCAGAGUUUGGAAAACAGCAUAUCCCAGAUGUAUCCUUGUUACUUAAAAAUGCAGAACACGUCAACCCUUGAUACCUUUCGUCUCACCAUAAAUAAAACACUUCCUCUUUCUUUUAAUGGAGACAGAUGGAUUGAAUUCCCUGUAGAGUGGCCAUUAAAAGAAGCACUUUCUGUGGUUACAUAUCAUCUCACAGUAUUUUCUAGAAAUAUUUUGAGUGAGAGAAAUUUGUUACGUAUGACUGCAUGUAUAUAUGGUACUCAUGGAGACACUGGGGACAGGUCCCUUCUCUGGUCGUUGCAGAAUGUCCAGCAGGGAGAGGACAAAGAGUCUUUCCUAGUUGCCGUGGAUGCUGUGGAGCUAGGAGAACUGGAUAAAGUUGUUCUUUUGUUCAGCAGUAAAACAGACUGCAAACUGGACAUUAAAAAAUUGCAUUUGAAAGAAGCUACAAAGGAGCAUCCUAUCUAUGUAUUUGAAGUGAAUGAAGUUCUUUUUGUGGAUAAAAAUAAGGCAGAAAUACAGAGAGAAAUCCCAGUAACUUUUAUUAUUGGAGAAGACAAAAAAAAGAAUGACAGAGAUAACUUACAUAAAGGCAGAAGUCAAGCAAGAAAUCUGACAGAGUAUACUAUUAAAGUAUACACAGGUGACAAAAGGGGAGCAGGGACUGACGCCAACGUGCACAUUAUUUUGUUUGGGAAUGAGGACAAAUCUGAGGUAUUUCAACUGUCUCAGUCACUGGAGCAUAAAGACCCCUUUGAAAGAGGAAAGGUUGAUACAUUCAAGAUUAAGACAAAACACUUGGGCAACCUACAUUCGAUUGAAAUUGGUCACGAUGGAAAAGGAUUUGCAAGUGGAUGGUUUCUGGAAAAAGUAGAAAUAACAGAUGCAUCUAGGAAUUCAGUGUACUGCUUCAGCUGUAACAGGUGGCUUGCUGAGGAUGAAAGUGACGGCCACACCACAGUGCAACUUUAUCCACAGCUCCUUGAUUUCUGAUUCUUCCUGAGUGUGUUGCUUCUCCAAAUUCAUGCUGAUCUGAUUUACUUGUAUUUUAUAAUUCUGAAGGUAUUAUAAUUGCUGUGAAGGAAUGUCAAAACAAUGUAUUAAAAACAUCACAGUAAAUUAAACAUGUCUAAUGUGAGCACUGCAUUCCAAUCCUAUUAGAGAUGCUCAAAAACUUUGCAUGACUGAAAUUUAGAAAACAGAAAUUUAAAUCUGCACAUGGCUCUGUGAACUUGAUCGGAGCAUUCAUAAGGGUAGGCAAGUGUAGUAGCAUACUCAAACAUUUUUGCUUCAGUAGCAAUUUGUGGGUAAGUUAAAUUUAGCUUAUGGGUCAAAUAUGUCAAUAUUUAUUAAUUUAAUAAAUCUGUUUCAAUUUCAACAUUUAUUAAACUUCAGAUUUUCUCAAAAUCCUUUUCCAAACUUCACAACUCUUCAUCCUUCCCAUAUAUCGCUUCCUUUUUUUUAGAAGACCAUAACAGAAAGUAAUAAAGGAUUUGUUAUUCAGGCAUUCACUCUGUGUCAGUAAGCCUCUCACUGACAUUUGAUUGUAAAAUCUUGUAGCUGAGCCAGAACCUCAGCUGAGACCCUUUAGAUCCAAAAGGUCUCUUAAGAGAAGCUGUUACCAGUAACACUGCAAUAAUUUACUAGCAUGCUUAGGCAGCACCCUGCUCAGCUUGAUGGUUUUUGCCGUGCCCAUUCUUAGCCAUCUAACUGUCUUUCCAGUGCUAUAUCUGUGAAUGUCUUUACUUAAAAAAAAAAAAAAAAAGG